AUGAACCCCUCUGAAGAGUUUGUAGAACAGGGAAUAUCUCAAGAGAACUUGAAAAGGGUGUCCUAUACAACAGUGCUCACAUUGGCUUAUCAAAGUCUAGGAGUGGUAUAUGGCGACCUCAGUAUCUCCCCUCUCUAUGUUUACAAGACCACCUUCUCUGGGAAGUUGAGCCUCCAUGAGAAUGAUGAAGAGAUUUAUGGGGUGCUUUCCUUUAUCUUCUGGACAAUUACUCUCAUUGCUCUCCUUAAAUACGUAUUCAUAGUGAUGUUGGCUGAUGACAAUGGUGAAGGUGGCACCUUUGCAUUGUACUCCCUUCUCUGCCGCCAUGCAGGGCUAAGCAGUCUGCCCAAUCAACAAGAUGCAGAUGAGAAGUUGUCUGCGUAUGUAAGAGAAGGAUCUGCAGACACAUGGCAGAGUUCUUCUCUGAAGUCAUUCUUCAAGAAGCACCAAAGAUUUCGCAAAGGGCUUUUGAUUUUUGUACUGCUUGGAACCUGUAUGGCUAUUGCUGAUGGGGUACUCACUCCUGCAAUAUCAGUUCUUUCAGCAGUUUCGGGCGUCAAAUUGAAGAUCACAGGACUCCAUGAGAAUUAUGUUGUUAUUAUCUCAUGUAUCAUUCUAGUGGGGCUCUUCUCCCUUCAGCACCAUGGAACACACAGAGUUGCUUUCAUGUUUGCUCCAAUUGCCACGACAUGGCUUCUGUGUCUUACUGGCAUUGGAGCAUACAACAUAUUUCGGUGGAAUUCUCAUAUAUAUCGUGCACUUUCUCCGAUUUAUAUGUUAAAGUUCAUUAGAAGCGCGAGCGUCGAAGGAUGGGUGUCAUUAGGAGGAGUGGUUCUUUCAAUCACAGGUGUGGAGGCGAUGUUUGCUAAUUUGGGCCAUUUCUCUCCACUCUCAAUUAAGAUAGCCUUCACAUUUCUGGUAUAUCCCUCUUUGCUUCUUACAUAUAUGGGUGAGGCUGCAUUCCUCUCUAAGCACCACGAAGAUAUUGAGAGAAGCUUCUACAAAGCCAUACCAGAAGCUGUAUUUUGGCCAGUCUUCAUAGUGGCCACUUUUGCAGCCGUGGUAGGAAGUCAGGCUGUAAUAUCAGCUACCUUCUCCAUUAUAAGCCAGUGCUGUGCAUUGAAUUGCUUUCCCCGUGUUAGAAUCGUCCAUACAUCCAGUAAAAUAUGUGGGCAAAUAUACAUUCCUGAGGUCAAUUGGUUGUUAAUGUGCCUUUCCUUAGCUGUGACAAUCGGACUGAGGGACACAAACAUGAUGGGUCAUGCAUAUGGGCUAGCAGUCACCACUGUUAUGUUUGUGACAACUUGCUUGAUGGCACUGGUGAUGAUAAUAGUAUGGAAGCAGAAGAUAAUUAGUGCCCUUGCAUUUCUUUUGUUGUUUGGCUCAAUGGAACUGCUUUACAUCUCUGCUUGCAUUUUCAAGGUACCUGAGGGGGCAUGGAUUGCACUUGCAAUGUCUUCUGUCUUUAUGGCUGUAAUGUAUGUAUGGAACUAUGGAACAAUGAAGAAACACCAGUUUGAUGUGGAGAACAAGGUUUCAAUGAAUAGGAUAGUUUCUUUAGGGCCAAGCCUAGGCAUGGUCAGGGUCCCUGGAAUUGGACUUGUAUACACUAAUCUGGUAACUGGGGUCCCAGCUGUUUUUGGACACUUUGUGACUAAUUUACCUGCAUUUCAUCAGGUGCUUGUUUUCGUUUGCAUAAAGUCUGUCCAAGUUCCCUAUGUUUGUGAAAAGGAACGACUUCUCAUUAGUAGAGUAGGCCCAACGGAGUGCAGAAUGUUCAGGUGCAUCUUGAGAUAUGGUUACAAGGAUCUGCAACAAGAAAAUUAUAAUUUAGAAAACAGACUGGUGUCUGGACUGGUACAUUUUGUAGAAACUGAGGAAGAAAGUGCAUCAAAAGCAACAGCUGAUUUAUGUGGGGAGUUUGGGAACUCGCAUGUUGAAGUCUUUGAUUCUCCGGCGCGUGCCAUCACAAAUCCAAAUCAUAAAGAGGACAGAGUGAGGCCUUCACGCGAUAUUCAAGUGACGAAAUCUGGAAUCGAGCAUGUGGAAAGUUUUCUUCUUAAGGAUGAGUCUCUGCAAAUUCUAACAGCUAAAGAAUCCGGUGUCACUUAUGUCUUCGGGCAUUCCUAUGCAAAGGCAAAGAAGUCAUCUUCCAUUUUCAAGAAAUUUGCUAUUGAUGUAGUAUAUGCUUUUCUGAGCAAGAACUGUAGAGAUCCUAAUACUCUUUUGAACGUGCCUCCUACAUCUUCCCUGGAAGUUGGUAUGAUUUACAAUGUCUAAAAUCUAAGGGCUAAAGAAAGGGGUUCCCUGCUGGUCAUCAGAUCCUCCCCACAGGUGUUACUUCUCCCUUUCAGUUAGAUUAUUUGUCACUGAUCUUUAGGUUAUCUUUUUGACAAAUGAACACUGUAGAUCGAACUAGCAGCACUUCACUGAAAUUUGUACAUAUACAUUUUGUCUUGAA